AUGACCCAAGAUCCAUCCGUUAACAUCGUGACCUUUGCUGGAUUGCCGAAGACGGGAAUUCUUCGAAGCCUUCGAUGGAAUGGCCCACCGGGCGGGUCCCCCGAAGUAUGCAUGGCCGAUCUGCAGCUGUUUGUUCCAAGACUCCUUGCUCGCACUGGCUAUCGAGGCACCGAGCAUGGGGUCGAGCCCUGA